UUCCCAGCUCAGCUAAGCAGCUGCUCAAAUGAAGUGAGAAGCUUGAGGGUUAGAAAGAGGGUGUGAGAAGCUUUGAACACACCUGGCUGUAACCUCGUCCAAACACAGCCCUCACCUGGAUAGCAGAACAUCACUUACUGUAGAAACACUGGUGCUUAGUACCUUUCAACUCCGGCGAUUUCUCUUUUUCCAGCAACGGCGCACACCAUGGAGGCACUGAAGGGUCAAGGCUCAAGCCGGGAUCCUCAGUGAUUUAGGAUUAGAAGCAAAGAGCACUUGCGAGAGAGACCAAGCUGUAGCCUGAUUAUAAACAGAGGCAUUGUUUAAACAAUUGAAAGCAAACCUUCAGCAAAAAUGAACAACCUUCCUAUCCGCUUGAUCGCGUUGUUAUUGGGCAUGUGUGCUGCUCAAAGACAUGUUCAGGUACAGGAAGGCCCCUUGGUCAGAGCAGAAGGAUACCAUAUAACCAUUUGGUGUAAUGUGUCUGGAUACUUAGCUUCCACACAGCAGAACUUUGAGUGGUCCAUCUAUCUGCCCUCCGCACCUGAAAGACAAAUCCAGAUAGUCAGCACGAAUGACCCCGACUACCCCUAUGCUGUGUAUGGAGACAGAGUACGGAAUAAGGAGGUCUACAUUGAGAGAAUUGAUGGAGACUCAGCGCUCUUACACAUUACCAAUCUACAACUGGGCGAUACAGGGGAAUAUGAAUGUCACACUCCUAACACAGAAUCAACCUACUGGGGAUCCUACAAUGCCAAGGGGAAUCUGACGGUCAUUCCAGACACGCUCAGUGCAAUAUCAGUAUCACAGACCCUGAAUAAAGUAGAAGGUGACUCCUUGGAACUGAUCUGUGAAGUAUCCAAACAAACAUCGCAGCACACUCAUGUGGCUGUCGCAUGGUAUCUACAGAAGGGAGAUCAGAAUCUCAAGGUCAUCUCUCUAACACGAGAUUUCAUCCUACGUUCUGGAGAGUCAUAUAAGCAGAGACAGGCAUCAGGAGAUGUACGACUGGAUAAGGUUGGAGUGACUUCAUUCAAACUCACCAUCUACAAAUUGCAAGCAUUUGAUCAGGGAGAGUUCUACUGUGAGGCGAGAGAGUGGAUCCAAGACCCAGACAGGUCUUGGUACACCAUAGCUACCAAACGCACUGUCAAAACAAUUGUGAAUAUAAAAGCUACUGAUAAGAACUUCAAUGUUCAGCUUGAGAAUGAAAGGAGAGUUUUCACAGUUGGAGAUACCAUGGAAUUAAGAUGCACCAUUGAAGCUCAAAAUAUACAGGACCGAUAUUUCUCUGUGUUGUGGAUUUUUAAUGGCACACCAAUUGCCAACAUUGGCCGUAAUGCUGUACCAACAGUCAAGGUUGAAUACACAACCAGAGAUCAUCUGGGAUAUGUAAGGUUUGCAAAGGAGACAGAUACAACAUACCUGCUAAAAAUUUACCAUGUUCUACUGGAGGACAGUGGCAAAUACCAUUGCCGGGCCACUGAGCAUGAGAAAACUGUUACUGGAGAAUUCAUUGCCAGAGAUACUAACAAAUCUACUAAAGUUUUAAUCAAUGUCCAGCCUAUCAAAAGCAGUCUGACUACAACAGUUACCAGUAACACUACCAAGGUUUUGGAGGGUAACUCGCUCCAGUUCAACUGUGAUGCUCGUUCGGCGAUCAGGAGCCACAGUCGCCUUUCUGUCACCUGGCAGUUAAUCAACAAACAGAAGCAGGUCACUGAUAUCAUUAGCUUGGAACAAGAUGGCACUCAGGUUAUUGGUACAUUGUACCGCAAGCGUGUUGCUAAUGGAGACCUUAUGCUCACCAAACAGCGCCCAGAUUCUUUCUCGCUGCAGCUAUAUAAUUCAGUGAUGUUGGAUGAUGGAGAGUAUGUUUGUACAGUGGCUGAAUGGAUAAUGAACGUGGGUGGAGAUUGGCAGCAAAUAGGAGAGCAGUCUGCUCAUAUUAUAGCAGUGGUAACACCUCUUGAAACAGGCUUCAGCGUUACUGCAAUAACACGAACACCAUCUGUGAUCUACAAUAAUGCAUUUGAGCUCCAGUGUUUCAUCAGACCCGCCUACCCCUCCCGAGUGUCAGUGUCUGUAACAUGGAAAUUCCAGCCAGCUGGAUCAAGGAACAACUAUGACAUUAUCAUCUUUGCGCAUGACAAGUCCAUUUCUUGGGGGGACAAGGCAACAAAUUUUACAAAUAAAACAAUGGUAAUAAAAGCAAUGUCCAAUAAUGUCCGUCUGGUUGUCUCUAAAGCCAGUGACAUGGAGGCGGGGAAAUACCAGUGCAUUGCUGAACUGUGGCACCAAAACCAAAUGGACCAAUGGGUGAGGAAAACCAGUAAAUCUUCAAAUAUUUUGGAGGUAAAGAUUAAACCCCCAGAUUGUAGAUUAAAAGUCAACCAAAUAAAAAGGAACAUUGUAGUAAAAGAAAAUGACAACAUUCAUUUAGAUUGUAUCAUCACGAAUCAAACAAGACCAGACUCGCAAUUCUCCGUGCAAUGGUACGUUCAGAAAUCACUGGAGAAAGAUGAUAAACUCAUCCUGAUAUCAAACCGUGACUAUGUGGUCGAGUAUAAGGACUGGUUAGGAAGAGACAAGAGAAAGGAGAGACUGCAAGCUGAAAAAGCUUUAAGUGGGCAUUACACUUUAGUCUUACUAAAAGCUGAUGUUGAUGAUAGUGGGAAAUACUAUUGUCAUGUGGAGGAAUGGCUGCUGAACCCCAACAACAUCUGGUAUAAAGCUGGAGAGAAUAUGUCCGGACUGACCACUGUCACUGUCCAGCGUCCAGAAAGCAAUUUGCAAACUGUCAAAACUGAAAGAAAUAUUAUGGUGCCAGAGGAUAGUCAGAUUCUGCUGGAAUGCAAGAUCAGCAAUCGUACCAACUUGGAUUCCCAACUAUCUGUGUUCUGGUAUGCCCAGAGAGCACUACAGCAAGACAGACAUCCUAUUCUCAGCCUGAAUCGGAAUUCUGUUUUUGAGUAUGGCAGCUCUGAGAAUAACAGUGCAAGCCUGAGGGAUAGGCUACAGUUUGAAAAAACUACCAAUGAACUCUACAGUCUGACACUACAGAAAGCAACUACAUCAGACACUGGGAGUUACUUCUGUUAUGUGGAAGAAUGGCUACUUGACCCUAAUGAUGUAUGGUAUAAACUGGGAGAGGAUCAGUCUGGACUGACUACUGUCACUGUACAACAACCAGAAUUUAAAAUGCGAGUGGAUAAAACAGAAUUGAACAUUAGCAUACCAGAGAAGGACUUGUUUCAGCUCUGCUGCAAUGUAACCCACCGAACACAAGAUAAUUCCCAGUUUGCUGUAUCCUGGUUCGUGUGGAAAGUCAAGGAAGGUGCUGACCAAAAGGAGACAAUUUUAAAAGUUGAUCACAAUUCAGUGUUUGGGUUCGAUGUCUCAUUGGAUGGAGCUGAGGGAAUGAAGGACAGACUGCAGUUAGAGAGACCUUCCAAUGGAUUGUAUAGCUUGACGGUGCAGGACUCGGCCAGCAGUGACACGGGCAAUUACUACUGUCAUGUGGAGGAAUGGAUUCAAAAUGCCAACAAUAUCUGGUACAAACUAGGGGAGGAUGAGUCUGGGCUGGUCAUGGUCACUGUACAAGAUAAAGGUUCUUCUCUUCAGGAUGCGAUUUGUUCAAAUGAUGCCCUAUUCUACUUUAUAUUUUUCUACCCUUUUCCAAUUUUUGGAGUCCUGCUUAUUGCAAUUUUACUAACACGCUAUAAAACUCUAAAUUCGCAGAAGAAAUCUGAUGGCAAAAAUGGUGUUCCAUUGCUUUGGAUUAAAGAACCUGCAGUGACUUAUUCUCCAACAAGCCUUGAGCCACCAGAUUUCAGAAUAGGACCAGGGAGCCUUGGUUAAGAGGGGAAGAAGGAAAGGGAUUUCGGAGAAAAUAUAAGAGAUAUUCGACUGACGGGGUCAAAGUUGUAAUGAAUUAAGGAUGAAUAUUUACCCCCAAAAUAGCCAAGUUUGGAAGCAAUAUCCUCCACCUCUUACAUUAAGAAUGUACAUUCUGAGGGUCAUGGCAGUGAGAUAUGGGGGAAAGAGGAUCCAUUUAUUCCAAGAUGUUUGCCUCAAUUGGCCUCUUCCCCAUUACUCCCUACCCAAUUAGUUGAUAUAGUUGGAAUGUUUAAUUUUACACUAAUGUAGAUGUAUAGUCUUCUGCCAACUGUUUUUACUGCAUGAGAGUUCUGCUGUCACAUUCGUCCAUCAUGUGUAAUAGGUAUGAUCUCAUUAAAAUGCCAGAUGAU